AUGAUUAUUUAUCAAAACGAGAAAUAUUCCUGUUUGCCCUGUAUUCGAGGCCACAGAUCAUCAGCUUGUAAUCACAGUAAUAGAACUCUUAUUCGAGUUCGAAGUAGAGGCAGACCAUCGGUAAACGACAAGAGAGUUGCGAUCCAACCGAAAAACAACGAAAUUAUCACACUGACAGAACCCCCAAAUAUUGCGUCAUCUAGCAGCUCGAAAAUUGAAAAAGCAAGUCAAUCAGGAGGAUGUCUAUGUGGACCCAGGAAAGCCAGUUCUGUGGGAAAGUCAAAAGAUUCUCAUGCCGAAGCUGAAAGCAAAGGUUCUUCACAAGAUGGGGUAAUAACAUCUUUUAAACCAAUAAAACGGUGUGGGUGUGGCUGCAAACCUAAACCCAAAGGCGGAGUUAUUACUAUCAAGGGUGUUGUUGACCAGAAGUAUGUUGAGGUUGGGAAAAAUGGAGCCAGAUUUUUGUCAGAAGAAGACUUGAUAGAGGCUCGUAGAAACCGUGUUUUCAAUUUUAUAUCUGAAAAUCCAGGUCAAGAAAGUCGAAGUUCUAUAUCUGGGCCAUCUACUCCUCGUUUGGAAAAGAAGAAUGACUCUAUUGUACGAUGCUGUGGGAAAGAGGAUUGCUUUUGUGAAAAUUGCGAUUUUUGUGGUGUUACCAGCAUGGCUUCUUUACCCUUAGAUUUUGAUUCAAAUUCAAAUAUUUUGAAUUUCAACAAUGAAUUCAAAGAAAAGCCUGCAAAAGCUCAGUUGCCCAAUUCAAACUUGCCAGUUUCUGAUCCAUCAGUAUCUUCUAUCCUUUCUUUCAACAAAGAUGGUAUCAAUUUGAAACCAGAUCAGCCUAUAUUUAAUUUUAACUUUCCUCAAAAUGUUCAAUCAACACCACGGUCCUCAUCCAUUUCUGAAUCUCAGUUUAUUAAUGUUAGUAUUCAUGAUUACGGCUCAGAAGCUCAAACACCUCAAUCUUCUGUGAGCCGGAAAGCCUCUUGUUGCGGUGGUUCAAGCAAACCUUCAAAGCCUGCUGUUCCAAUUUCUUCCUGCUGUUCAAGCGGUUCAGUUGCACCAAAUUCACGCUCCUCUUGCUGUUCAGGUAAUUCGGUCGCUCCUAUUUCACGCUCUUCUUGCUGUUCAGGUGGUUCAGCUACACCUAUUUCAAGUUCUUCGGCGAUUAAUAACGUUAAAUUUGUUCCACAAAAACUUUCAAUGCCCAAAGGGUCCUGUUGUUCUUCCAAGAGUUUUGAUACUAAUGAAUCUAGUCCUCUCGAUAUCAAAAAUCUUAACGUUUCUUCACUCAUAGAUUCUGAAUCAUCUAGCACUGUGGAUUCAGCACAAAUGGCAAAACAAAUCAGCGAUUUGUCUAAUUCUGGGUACAUUCCUUCGCAAGAUAUUCAUUCUAGUAUUGGGAGUGUUCAAGACAGCAUUUCUGCUGGUAUAAUAGCACCAUCUAAUGAUUCAUUACGCCCACCGAACUUCAUUCUUCCAAUGGGGUCUAAUCUUGAUGAUGUUUUGUUGAGUAUUUUAAGUACUAACAACAGUGAAGGAAAAGCGGAGCUUCCGGAUUUGGUUUCAUAUCUGGAGAAUGAGCGUGACAAUCUUAAUGAAUUCAUACCUUCGCCUCCUAUGGAAAUGACUGUUGCAGCAAGUUGCGUUUUACCUGGGCAAUGUAAGUGUGACGAAAACUGUCGGUGCCCUGGCUGUUCUACACACAAAAAUCCUCCUCAAAAUCUUAUGUUUUUAGGCUCGCAUCCUUCGUCAAUUGGGCAUUCGACAUCUGAAUCUUCUUCAACUCCAACCUAUUCUCACAAUCCUGGGCUUAUUAAAUCAACAUCAAAUAAGGGCAAGGGAAUUUCACAAUUUAAUAUUUCAAAUACUAGUUUACAACAAAAUAGCGAUUUGAAUUAUUUUGGAAAUACUCAAUUUGACAUAUCUAAGGAGGGACUUGGCAGCUAUGUUUCUAGCGAACAACUUUCUCAGCAAUCAAACAGUAAUCAAGAUGUGAACACUAGAGAUUCUUUUAGUAGUGCAUUCGAUAUUUCGUUACUUUCUUCUUCAAACAUUAUGUCACAAAAUAUUCAGGACAGUUCUUUCCCCAAGGUGACAAAUGAACCUGGAGAUACUUUAUUUUCAGAUAUUUCUCAAGGCUUUAAUAAUUUUGACAGCAUUCUUACACCAGAAAAUAUUUCGAUUAAUGAAUCAAACAGCAAUUCUUCUCAUGCAUAUUUAGAUUCGCAAAAUCAAGUGCAACAACCACCUGGAAUGUUCUCUUACACUCAAUCUUCAAGUGCUAAAAAGCCUGUUCAAAACAAUUUUUCUGGACCCACAAAUACCAAUCCAUUAUAUUCAGCAGUAACAUCGAUAUCAAAUAACACAGUUUCAAGUAAUGGUGCCAGUAAAGGGUGUCGCUCUUGUUGUUUAGGAAAUCACAAGAAGACUAUAAAUCCUCCAGAACCCUCAACUACAGGUUUUAAUGUUAAUUCAUAUAGUACUUCGGAGAAGAAUGGUCUUUCGGCUUCUGCUUUUAAUGUGGAUUCUUCUCUAGACGGUAUCAGAAAGGAUAUGGAAAGCGAAAGGGCUUUAAGUCCUUCAAGCGUGACAUCUCCUAUCACUGCUUAUGGGAGUUAA